AUGACAACAGACGCACCAGCACCAUCACACGCCCCUGGCCCCAUCCUGGCCAUCGACGUGCAGUACAAGGACACGGAAACCACGUCGACGGGGUACGCCGCCGGCGUCCUCUUCGACAGGUGGGACGCAGCGGCCCCGACACACACCUACACGUACGUGCACGCCAAUGCGGAGCCGUACGUCGCCGGGUCGUUCUUCAAGCGCGAGCUCCCGCCCAUCCUGGCCUUGAUCGCCGCUGCGCCAGUACCGCCGCGCACGAUCGUCGUCGACGGGUUCGUCGACCUCGUCUCGGAGGCGGGCGUGAAGCCCGGGCUUGGGCGGCGCCUGUUCGAGCACUUGGGCGGCGAGGUGGUCGUUAUCGGCGUCGCGAAGAAUCCGUUCCGGACGAAGCGUGAGGACGCGGGGAAAGACGAGCCGACGACACCCGGCCUCAACACACAUCCCGGCGAGGUGUUCCGCGGCGCCUCGGGCCGUGCGCUCUACGUCACUGCCGCCGGCGUGAGCCAGGACACCGCGAUGGCCCUCGUCAAGGCCAUGCACGGAGACAAUAGGCAGCCAACAAUGCUCAAGCUUGUCGACCGCGAGUCGAGGGACGCGGCGUUGCGGGGGUAG